CGGGAGCGCGCGCGGGCCCGCGCAGGCGGCGGCGGAACCGAGCGGACGGGCGUGCGGCCGCGGCGCCGCCGACUCGUGUGGGACCCUCCGCUCCGGCCGGCCGCCCGCCGGGCCGCGCGCCGCUCUUCCCGCCGGCAGCCGAGCCGCCCGCGCGCCGCCUGUGCCUUGUGAGGCUGGCAUGCAGGAUGGCCGGACAGCCCAGCCACAUGCCCCACGGAGGGAGCCCGAACAACCUCUGCCACACGCCGGGGCCCGCACACCCUCCUGACCCACAGAGGCACCCAAACACCCUGUCUUUUCGCUGCUCGCUGGCAGACUUCCAGAUCGAGAAGAAGAUAGGCCGAGGACAGUUCAGCGAGGUGUACAAGGCCACCUGCCUGCUGGACAGGAAGACGGUGGCUCUAAAGAAGGUGCAGAUAUUUGAGAUGAUGGACGCCAAAGCCAGGCAGGACUGCGUCAAGGAGAUUGGCCUCCUAAAGCAACUAAAUCAUCCCAACAUCAUCAAGUAUUUGGACUCGUUUAUUGAGGACAACGAGCUGAACAUUGUGCUGGAGCUGGCCGAUGCGGGUGACCUCUCGCAGAUGAUCAAGUACUUUAAGAAGCAGAAGCGGCUCAUCCCCGAGAGGACGGUGUGGAAGUACUUCGCACAGCUGUGCAGCGCCGUGGAACACAUGCACUCUCGCCGGGUGAUGCACCGAGACAUCAAGCCUGCCAACGUGUUCAUCACGGCCACGGGCGUCGUGAAGCUUGGUGACCUCGGCCUGGGUCGCUUCUUCAGCUCCGAGACCACUGCAGCCCACUCCCUAGUGGGGACGCCGUACUACAUGUCACCGGAGAGGAUCCACGAGAAUGGCUACAACUUCAAGUCCGACAUCUGGUCUCUGGGCUGUUUGCUGUAUGAGAUGGCAGCUCUCCAGAGCCCCUUCUACGGAGAUAAAAUGAAUCUCUUCUCCCUCUGCCAGAAGAUCGAGCAAUGUGACUACCCACCUCUCCCUGGAGAACAUUACUCUGAGAAGUUGCGAGAACUGGUCAGUAUGUGCAUCUACCCCGACCCCAACCAGAGACCGGACAUCGGAUAUGUGCACCAGGUUGCCAAACAGAUGCACGUGUGGACUUCAAGCACCUGAACGUGGACGCGGCGUGCCUUAGCAGAGCCGCACCACUUUGCCUUACUUGAGUCUUCUCUCCAAAGUGGCCGCCUGGUAGCCUAGAUCAACUAAGACAAGAGGGUUCAGCGGGUUCCCCGAGGGGGCCGGGCUUUACAGCAGAUGCCGAAUGCAGAGCAGCUGGGGGGAGGGGCACUGGUCACACGUUAACUGGUGGUCAAAUUCGAAAGUCCUUUCUUUAAACUUUUGUGGACAAUCUCAGCUGGGUUGUUACCAAGGGUGAGUGGUUCGGCGAGCCACUGACGCGCCCCAUGUGUCUGGACUGUAAUGUGAAUCUUGAGGAUAAUUCCUUCAGUGACCUGUCAAGGUUUGUAAGAACAGGGGGGUUGCAGGAGACGGUGUGAUUUGUAGUGAGCCUUUCAAAAUGGUUAGUAGCAAGUUCGGUUUAGCUCUUAGAAUCUUUUUUAAAAAAUCAAGCUGUGUGCUUGCUCUGUUGUAAAAGGAUAAGGUGGAAAUUUUUUUUUUUUAAGCAGAGUGAUUUUCCUAAUAUUUUAUCUAUGUUUAUAACUCGAUGAAUGACGAUGAGGAGAACUCAGCAUCUGGCACAGAGCUUCAGAAGGCAAAUAAUAUUGGGAAGCCACGUGUGCCUUCCAUGCAGUCCGGCUCAGCCGCCUUCUCCUGAACACCUGCCGUGUAGCAGGCACUUCCGUCACCUGCUUCAGUGCUGGCAGGUCACUUAACAAUCAGUGUUAAGCGUUGUCCUCUGUGGGAAGGAAGCAUGGGGUACAAAAAAAAACAAAAAACAAAUAUAAAACAUGCCCUUGGGCUGUUCUCUGUGCAAGUUCUGGUUCUGCAACUUCCCGCCGCGACCCUGGGCAUCUUCCUUAGCCUGAGCCUUAAUUUCUUCAUCUGUAAACUGGGACUAAGACUAUCUACCUUCAGCGUUGCUGACAGAAUUUGAAAUAAAAUCUGCAAGUUACCUAGCAUCAUCGCCUUGCAGAAGAUCCCAAAAUGGUUGCCACUCCCCCCUUCACAAAACUGACCCAUGGACCAUGUAAGUCAAGAGUUAACAUACAGCUGUAUUAUGCAUAGGAAACCAGAACUAUGUUCAUUUAUUUGUUCCCAAAUAGGAUUAACUGUGAAGACUAAUUUAUAAAUGUGAACUUAAGGAAAACUCAAGCUCUGAAGGAAAUCGUUUGCUUAUACUCAAGUUAAUCCUCAAAUGGUCUAAGUUGUCACCCGCUGACUUGGUGACAGUUCAGCCCUCCAGCUAGAUAGAGACAUGCCCGCCCGCUCUGUUAGCGUUCUGGUCAGGUGGUCCGCUUGCAGCCAACUUGCUGACCAGGGGCCCAGGCCUCCCUGGGGAUAAAGGACUUGGGCUGGGCCACUGCUCUGUUUCCAUGUGUGAACUCUGUUCUACUGUAACACUGUCGGGUUUGAGACAUUUUCUUCAGAUGCAACCUUUGCUUUGUACUUGUUCUCCAUGUUUGAAAUAAAAUGGGGUAAGAGGGGUCA